UACAGUUUGGGAGGUGUGCAUCGAGUAGUUCGCCAAUAUUUCACCACUUUUAGAAAUUGUAGAUUUUCAAUACCAAAAGUUAUUCUCAACAUGUGGGCCAUUCUCCUGACGAUCCUAUCCGUGGGUCUGCUGUACAGAUAUGUGAGGCGGCACUACACUCACUGGCAGCGAUUGGGAGUCGAUGAGGAGCCGGCUAAGAUACCCUUUGGCGUAAUGGAUACGGUAAUGAAGCAGGAACGAAGUUUGGGCAUGGCUCUGGGUGAUAUAUACGCCCGGCACGAGGGCAAAAUCGUUGGAAUAUACAUGAUGAACAAGCGAAGUAUCCUGAUCCGAGAUGCCCAAUUGGCUCGCCAAAUCAUGACCAGCGAUUUCGCCAGUUUCCACGAUCGCGGGGUGUACGUGGACGAGGAUAAGGAUCCGUUGUCGGCCAACCUUUUUAAUCUAAGAGGUGCUUCAUGGCGAAAUCUACGCCAGAAACUUACUCCUUCGUUCUCCUCCGGCAAAAUUAAGGGCAUGUUCGGCACCAUCGACGAUGUGGGCGAUAAGUUGGUGCAGCAUUUGGAGGGGGCCCUUGACCAAAGCGACGAAGUGGAGAUCAAGGAUGUGAUGACCACCUAUGCGGUGGACAUCAUUGGGUCGGUCAUUUUUGGUUUGGAGAUAGACAGCUUCAGUAAUCCAAAAAACGAGUUCCGCGAGAUCAGCAGCUCUACGUCCAGGGAUGAAUCUCUGCUGCUGAAGAUUCACAAUAUGUCCAUGUUCAUUUGCCCACCGAUUGCUAAGCUGAUGAACCGCUUGGGCUAUGAGAGCCGUAUCCUGACAUCCCUGCGAGACAUGAUGAAGCGCACAAUCGAGUUCCGGGAGGAGCACAACGUGGUACGAAAGGACAUGCUGCAGCUGCUGAUCCGACUCCGAAAUACGGGCAAGAUUGGCGAGGACGACGACCAGGUGUGGGACAUGGAAACUGCACAGAAGCAGCUGAAGUCGAUGUCGAUCGAGAAGAUUGCCGCCCAGGCAUUCCUGUUUUACGUGGCGGGCUCGGAAUCCACAGCUGCGGCGUCUGCCUUCACUCUCUACGAGCUGUCCAUGUACCCGGAACUGCUGAAGGAGGCGCGAGAAGAAGUGGAUGCAGUGCUGAUGAAGCACAAUCUGAAGCCCAAGGAUAGGUUCACCUACGAGGCGGUGCAGGACCUGAAGUUUCUGGACACCUGCAUCAUGGAAACCAUACGCAAAUACCCCGGGCUACCAUUUCUCAAUCGAGAGUGCACCGAAGAUUAUCCAGUACCUGGAACUAAUCACAUCAUAGCCAAGGGAACACCCAUUCUUAUCUCGCUCCUUGGCAUCCAGCGUGAUCCCGUCUAUUUUCCCAAUCCCAAUGGCUACGAUCCCCAUCGCUUCGAUUCAGAUACCAUGAACUACGAUCAGGCAGCUUAUAUGCCCUUUGGAGAGGGUCCUAGGCACUGCAUAGCUCUUCGCAUGGGAAAAGUCAACUCCAAGGUGGCGGUGGCUAAGACUUUGGCCAAUUUCGAUCUGAUUCAAUCUCCACGCAAGGAGGUGGAGUUCCGUUUCGAUGCCGCCCCUGUUUUAGUGACCAAGGAACCGUUGAAGCUGCGCAUGACCAAGAGAAAUACUCCUUCGUUCUCCUCCGGCAAAAUUAAGGGCAUGUUCGGCACCAUCGACGAUGUGGGCGAUAAGUUGGUGCAGCAUUUGGAGGGGGCCCUUGACCAACGCGACGAAGUGGAGAUCAAGGAUGUGAUGACCACCUAUGCGGUGGACAUCAUUGGGUCGGUCAUUUUUGGUUUGGAGAUAGACAGCUUCAGUAAUCCAAAAAACGAGUUCCGCGAGAUCAGCAGCUCUACGUCCAGGGAUGAAUCUCUGCUGCUGAAGAUUCACAAUAUGUCCAUGUUCAUUUGCCCACCGAUUGCUAAGCUGAUGAACCGCUUGGGCUAUGAGAGCCGUAUCCUGACAUCCCUGCGAGACAUGAUGAAGCGCACAAUCGAGUUCCGGGAGGAGCACAACGUGGUACGAAAGGACAUGCUGCAGCUGCUGAUCCGACUCCGAAAUACGGGCAAGAUUGGCGAGGACGACGACCAGGUGUGGGACAUGGAAACUGCACAGAAGCAGCUGAAGUCGAUGUCGAUCGAGAAGAUUGCCGCCCAGGCAUUCCUGUUUUACGUGGCGGGCUCGGAAUCCACAGCUGCGGCGUCUGCCUUCACUCUCUACGAGCUGUCCAUGUACCCGGAACUGCUGAAGGAGGCGCGAGAAGAAGUGGAUGCAGUGCUGAUGAAGCACAAUCUGAAGCCCAAGGAUAGGUUCACCUACGAGGCGGUGUAGGACCUGAAGUUUCUGGACACCUGCAUCAUGGAAACCAUACGCAAAUACCCCGGGCUACCAUUUCUCAAUCGAGAGUGCACCGAAGAUUAUCCAGUACCUGGAACUAAUCACAUCAUAGCCAAGGGAACACCCAUUCUUAUCUCGCUCCUUGGCAUCCAGCGUGAUCCCGUCUGUUUUCCCAAUCCCAAUGGCUACGAUCCCCAUCGCUUCGAUUCAGAUACCAUGAACUACGAUCAGGCAGCUUAUAUGCCCUUUGGAGAGGGUCCUAGGCACUGCAUAGCUCUUCGCAUGGGAAAAGUCAACUCCAAGGUGGCGGUGGCUAAGAUUUUGGCCAAUUUCGAUCUGAUUCAAUCUCCACGCAAGGAGGUGGAGUUCCGUUUCGAUGCCGCCCCUGUUUUAGUGACCAAGGAACCGUUGAAGCUGCGCAUGACCAAGAGAAAUUAAAUCAAAAAUAUCUGGCAUGGGUUUUAUUGAACAUCUGAAUUCGAAAGAAACAACAAACAAAGCGAGAA